CGUAAGUGCUCGUCAGUGUCAGUGUCAGUGUCUUAGCAAAGACCCCACCAAACCUAGCUCAGCCAGAAGGAGGCGAAUCGGGUCAUGGCGUCGAUAUCAGCUCCCCCUCUCUAUCUCUUCUUGUCCGAACUUCGGCUGGCGUGGGCUGGACUGGUCGGACUGCUGCAUCUCUGCGAUAAGCGGGCUUCAGGCUCCCCUCCAGGGGCAGGUCACAGAUGAAUGGCGCAUGAGGUUUGGCUCCCAACGGGCACGGCACAGAAAGGGGCAUUGCUGCAGGCAAUACACGCAUACAAAUACUCGCUGGGUUUGCACCAGGCGUGGAGCCCCUUCCCACUGGUGGGUUGUAUUGGGCUGCACUAGGAGGGGCUCCAAUGAUGUAAUUAGCAUCUACAUACCAACUGAAAGACCCCUUUGGGCUUUUAUCAACCUCACACCACAUCUUCCCAGAACACACCAUCUAUAUCUGUGUCGAAUCCAGCGAGAGCCCAAUCUUUUGUUUCUCUCCUUGACGUCUUCUUCCCACCCAAGCAACAAUUUGAAAGCGUUCUCGUCUUGAUAGCUUGUCCCGGAAGCGUCAGCUGGCUGCCCCUCAAGUCACGCUAAGAAGCACCCUACGAGGCGAUUUGAUAUUCCUGUUUGACGUACUCUUCAAUUCACAAAUUUUCAUCAAACAAGAUGGAUCCCGUUGCUCUUGAAUCGUCCAACACCCUGGCCAAGAAUGGUCAUACCGCUGGUAACAUCCCCAAUGAUGGAACUGGCGUGGUUGCCCUCGAUCCCUAUCUUGAGCCAUUCAAGCCUGCGUUGAAGAGACGCUUUGACAAGGCUCAAGAAUGGAUCAAGAAGAUUGAGAAGACCGAAGGUGGUCUGGACAAGUUCAGCAAGGGCGCUGACACGUUUGGCAUCCAUCAAAAUGACGACGGCAGCAUCUACUACAAGGAAUGGGCACCCAAUGCCAAACAGGCAGCUCUCAUUGGUGAAUUCAACAACUGGGACCGCAAUGCCCAUCGCAUGACGAGGAACGACUUUGGUGUCUUUGAGAUCACCAUUCCUCCCACCUCUGACGGCAAAGCUGCCAUCCCCCACAACUCCAAGAUCAAGAUCUCUCUUGAGCUCCCAGACGGGCAGUGGAUCGACAGACUACCGGCCUGGAUCAAGUAUGUCACCCAGGAUCUCUCCGUCUCGCCCGCCUACGAUGCUCGGUUCUGGAACCCCCCCGCCUCUGAGAGGUACUCUUUCAAGCACCAGAGGCCCAAGAGGCCAGAGAGCUUGAGGAUCUACGAAGCCCAUGUCGGUAUCUCGUCACCAGAGCUCAGGGUUACCACCUACAAGGAAUUCACCAAGAACAUGCUCCCACGCAUCAAGAGCCUGGGUUACAACGCCAUCCAGCUCAUGGCCAUCAUGGAACACGCCUACUAUGCCAGCUUCGGCUACCAGGUCAACAACUUCUUCGCCGCCAGCAGCAGAUAUGGCCCGCCUGAGGACCUGAAGGAGUUGGUCGACACGGCUCACAGCCUGGGACUCGUUGUUCUUCUCGAUGUUGUUCACAGUCACGCUUCCAAGAACGUCCUGGACGGCCUGAACGAGUUUGAUGGCACAGACCACCAGUACUUCCACGCGGGUGCCAAAGGAAAGCACGAGCUCUGGGACAGCAGACUGUUCAACUAUGGCCACCAUGAGGUGCUCAGAUUCCUCCUGAGCAACUUGAGAUUCUGGAUGGACGAGUACCACUUUGAUGGAUUCCGGUUCGACGGUGUUACUAGCAUGCUUUACCUUCAUCACGGUAUUGGAACCGGCUUCUCGGGUGGUUACCAUGAGUACUUUGGUGCUGAUGUCGACGAGGAGGCUGUUGUCUACCUCAUGUUGGCCAACGAACUGCUUCACGAACUCUACCCUGACGUCAUCACGGUUGCUGAGGAUGUCUCUGGCAUGCCGGCGCUUUGUCUGCCACUCUCACUGGGUGGUGUUGGCUUCGACUACAGACUUGCCAUGGCCAUUCCCGACAUGUGGAUCAAGAUCCUCAAGGAGAAGAAGGAUGAGGAGUGGGACAUUGGCAACAUUACCUUCACCCUCACCAACCGCCGUCACGGCGAAAAGACGAUCGCCUAUGCCGAGAGUCACGAUCAAGCUCUUGUCGGUGACAAGUCUCUUAUGAUGCAUCUGUGCGACGCUGAGCUCUACACCCAUAUGUCUACGCUCACCCCAUUGACCCCGGUUAUUGACCGCGGUAUGGCCUUGCACAAGAUGAUCCGUCUGUUGACCCAUGCUCUCGGAGGCGAGGGCUACCUCAACUUUGAGGGCAACGAGUUUGGUCACCCCGAGUGGUUGGACUUCCCCCGUGAGGGCAAUCAGAACUCUUUCUGGUAUGCUCGCCGCCAGCUGAACCUGACCGAGGACCGCCUCCUUCGGUAUCAGUUCCUCAACAACUUUGACCGCUCCAUGAACUUGUGUGAGAACAAGUAUGGCUGGCUGCAUGCUCCCCAGGCGUACAUCUCGCUCAAGCACGAAGGUGACAAGGUCAUCGUCUUUGAGCGGGCUGGCGUGGUGUUUGCUUUCAACUUCCACCCAACACAGAGCUUUGAGAACUACCGCAUCGGUGUCGAUGUCGCAGGCACAUAUAGGGUUGUGCUCGACUCUGACACCAAGGAGCACGGCGGCUUUAGCAGAGUCGACUCGAACACACGGUUCUUCACCGAGCCUCUGGAGUGGAACCACCGGAGGAACUGCACUCAUAUCUACCUCCCUUGCAGGACUGCUCUGGUCUUUGCUUUGGAGUCGACCACCACUCCAAACGGUCACUGA